CUACCUGGAGCCCGCCUACUUGCUUCCUUUCCUCAACAACGAUCAUCAUGUCCGACGCCGCACCUCCUCCAGUGGACAACAUCGUCCCCAAUGUCGAGUCAAAGGCCGAGCCCGAGGUAGCUGAAGCAGUCCCGGCUGCCCCGGCGGCCCCCGCUGCUGCGCCCGCUGCUCCUCUGACUCAGGAAGAGGCCGAGAAGGAGGCCCUCAGGCAGGUCGAGUUCUACUUCAGCGACGUCAACCUUCCCUAUGAUAAGUUCCUCUGGACCCUCACCCGCAAGGACGAUGGCUGGGUACCCUUCCCUACCAUUGCCUCCUUUAAGCGCAUGCGCGCCCUCAAGGAGCAACUCACCGAGGCUGGCAUUCUCAAGCUUCUCCAAGAAAAGUCGAAGCUUCUCGAGAUCGACGUCGAGGCCUCCAAGAUCCGCCGCAAGACGCCGAUCUCGCGACCUACAGACAACUACGAGCGCAGCAUCUACGCCAAGGGCUUGCCUGAGGACACCGAGGAGCUGCAGAAACAGAUGGAGGUCUUCUUUGCCACCUUCGGCCCCGUCAAUGUAGUUCGCAAGCGCAUGGAUGAGAAGGUACAGCCGCGCAAGUUCAAGGGCAGCGUCUUCGUUGAGUUUGCCUCGAUGGACGACGUCACCAAGCUGCUCGCGCGUGCAAAGGAGGGAGAGGAGAUCCGUUUCAGAGAGGGAGACGAGCCUUUGCAGAUCAUGAGCAAGGACGACUACUGCCAGAUGAAGAUGAAGGAAAAGGGAAUUGACCCCAACGGCCCUGAUCGUAAGACUGGCAAGCCCGGUUUCAAGAACACGAACCCCAUCAACCGACCGGGCAAGUUCAAUGCCUUCAUCGAGAUGGAGCGCGAGGCCCGUGGGGAAGGAAGCAGCUCGGCAGGCCGCACUGGCGGUGCUGGCGGGCGUCGUCAGGACAGCCCUCCCAUGAAGAAGGAGAAACCCAAGCGCAGCGACCCGCUGGAAUUUUCCUUCAACGAGGCACAGCUCGUCACCCGCCCCGACGAGACCGUCGACCCGGACACGGUCGUCUUCCCCGUGCGCAGUGUCAUCGCUUUCACCGGCGCCGGUGGCAAUGGUCACUGGAAGGAGCUCAAGGAGAAGCUACUCGAGACUGCGCCUACUUCCUUCGUCGAUUUCCCCGUUGGAUCGGACCACGGCGCUGCCGGGUUCAAGGAGACCUUGACCGAUGAGCAGCUCGACGAGAUUGUCAAAAAGGACAUUGAGGUUGGGGGACAGAAGGUUGCGUGGGAGCGCGUCGAUGAGGAGAAGGCCAAGCAGUUCUACGUCGACAGGGCGAACUUCCGCGCCAAGUUCCUCAUCGACGUGAGGGAGCGCGGUGACGAGGGAGGGCAGGGUGGGCGAGGAGGAUUCGGAGGCCGUGGUGGCCGUGGCGGUCGUGGAGGAGGCCGCGGUGGUGGCCGUGGCGGCAGAGGUGGUCGUGGAGGCGGGCGAGGGGGUGGAUUCCACCACAACCACGGUGAGAAGAGAAAACGCAACGUCGAUGAGGACAACUUGGGUACGCGCGCUGGAGGUGAGGCGCCUACGCUUGCUUCCAAGAAGUCAAAGCAGGAGCCUGAGGCAUAGUGACCCUUUCAAGAGGCAUCUCAUCGAUUCACGAUCCAAUCUGUAUUGCUCAAAUUCAUCCAGCCUUCUACGAUCUUGAUCACAGGCCUGAU